AUGCGAUUUAUAGCUGAUUUGGAUUAUUUUGAAUCUAAAACUGUUGGACACAGACAUUUGGACAUGUUCCAAAAUGCCUCAUGUCACAAUCUACAUAUUGGACAUUGUCCCAUGUACAUCACUGGUUGA